AUGGCCGCGCUGCCCCCUGCCGCCUCCGUCCUCGUCCUCCUCGCCCUCGCCGCCGCCUCGGCGCUCGCGCCGGUGGUCUCCGCGGUGCCCUUCAUCGUCCUGCACGGGAUCGGGGACCAGUGCGGGAACGACGGGAUCGCCUCCUUCACCGAUGAGCUUGGGGAGUGGUCGGGGUCCCAGGGCUACUGCAUGGAAAUUGGGAGAGGAGCACGGGACUCUUGGUUAAUGCCACUUCAGGACCAGGCAGAUGUAGUUUGCAAGAAGGUAAAGGAAAUGACAGAACUCCGUGAAGGUUACAGCAUAGUUGGCCUUUCUCAGGGGAACGUAAUUGGACGGGCAGUAAUUGAGUAUUGCGAUGGCGGACCACCGGUAAAGAAUUUCAUCUCAAUUGGGGGUCCUCACGCUGGAACUGCUUCAGUGCCACUUUGUGGUUCUGGUAUUUUUUGCAUUCUAGUUGAUGCUCUGAUUCAGUUGGAGAUAUAUUCAAACUUUGUGCAGGUUUGUAUAUGUUGUAUGUUAUUUGGUCACAGUUAUCGUUAUUACAUGUGCCGUAAAUGUUUGUACACAAAUAACUCAAAAUUGGUGAAAUUGCAGGCACACCUUGCCCCUAGUGGUUACCUAAAGAUUCCCACCGAUAUGGCAGAUUAUUUGGAGGGCUGCAAAUUUCUUCCAAAGCUUAAUAACGAGAUACCAAGUGAAAGAAAUACUACAUAUAAAGAAAGAUUUAGCAGCUUGGAGAACUUGGUAUUAAUCAUGUUUGAGGAUGAUGCAGUCUUAAUACCUCGGGAAACAGCAUGGUUUGGUUAUUAUCCUGAUGGCGCCUUCAGUCCAGUGCUGCCUCCUCAAGAGACGAAGCUAUAUACCGAGGACUGGAUCGGCUUGAAGACUUUGGAUGAGGCUGGGCGUGUUAAGUUUGUUUCAGUGCCAGGAGGUCACCUACGCAUCUCCAGGAGCGACAUGAAGAAGUACAUAGUACCAUACUUGACAUCGUGUGGAUCAUCCAAACAGAGUGUUCGCCGGAUCUUGUCAAUUUAAGGAUCCAAAAACCUCAGGUGAUUGUCGGAUCUUAUGAAAUUGAGGACACAAAAACCACGCAUGCAGUUAUAAUCGAACUAGUUCUGAGUGUUUGUAUGCCCUGCCACGUCUCCCUGCAUUGCCUUAUAAUAUAUAUUGGUGGAAAAGGCUGAAAGAAUUGGAAUCAGAGAAAAUAAGGGGAAAACAAGACACUGAAAACUCA